AUGAUCAGCGAUGUCUUCCUAGCUGCUGUGAACGAACCUUUCCCUCGUGGUAUUUCACACUCGCCACAGUCUCGCGCCAUUUACGCCGUUGAUCUGAUGCUCGAAUGGCAAGUUCUGGACUUCAAAGCCAACUCUGCAUCAUCUUGCUUACACAGAAUGAAACCGCAAAUAUGCGAGGUCAAUUUUUGCCCAGAUUUCCAACGGGCUUGUCAAUACUAUCCGAACUUUUUAAAUCAGGCCUUCGAUUCCCUGUUUUUUGAAACCGAAGAGUCCCUUAGUUGGUCUACCAGAAUAGUUUGA